AUGGAAGUAAUCGACGUUGAUUCACCGCCACCUGCCGUCUGUGAAAAUGAAAACCUCCAGGAAUUAUUUAGCGUUGACUGGCGCUCAGCUUCAGACAUGUUCUGGCAGCUGGAGAACAGAAAAAGCUCUCUCUUGGAGUAUUUAUCAGAAUAUGGGCCCCGUGACUUUCCGAAUUCUAAGAAAAUAUUGAAGAAGUUGAAACGAACGUUAACCAAGUUAGAAAGCGGUGAACCGUCGCACCAUGAUCAUCCUAAUGGCUCGGAGAAAGCGGAACUCAGCAAAUUUCGCGCGCUUUUGGACGACGUUGCUCGUCAUGUUACCGUGGCAACCGUACGUUUGAACCAACCGGGACUUCGCAAGUUUUUCGUUGAAGGAAUCGGAAAGUAUGUGUUGUCAUCGUUGGAGCGACGACACUCGUGUUCUAUCGAGCUUGUUUGUGAGAGUCCAUCGCCGGUCGCACUAACGGAGGGACUGGAAUCCAGAUUUUCAUCGCAUUUAGUAGGAGAAAGUUUGUUUGCCCCGUCAGAGGUAUGCAGUCGUAUUGUACUCAGAACAUUUUACACAAGUUUCAUGUGCGUCAUCGCGCACAGUUAUGGAGCAGGUUUCCAGAUUUUUUUCCAGUUCGUUGUAUUUAUAUUCUUAUCCGUUAAGAUCAAACGAACUUGGGACACGGUGGAUUACCCUUCUACGCAAUUGUUACAUAGGACUCUGCUCCUAAUGACAAUUUUUGGAUCGGUUUUGGGUUCAACCCUUGAUUCCCCAACUCCCCGCCCCACAAUGUUGUGAUCUCAAACGGACUCAUUUCCACCCAUUUUGCUCCUUAUUCAACAUUGUUUGGGGUAGGAAGGGUGAGGGGAAAGGUCCCCAGCUUCACUGAUGUCACUAGGCGAUUUUGGUGAGUUUCUAUAGAGCGUAAACUGAAUAAGUGAAAUUGGAUGGACUAUUGACCUGCUGCAAAUAUUGUUUUCUUAUAGGACGAAGAAGACACCCCAUGGAAUGGACUUCCAUCUUUAGCAGAUAUUGUGGAAGUUUCGAAACAGGUUAGUUUACAUGUAAGAAGAAGGAGUUAUUUCUUUUCUUACUAGAAUUCCCAAAAGCUAAAUGAUCCUCUCUGUUCGACUGGUGAAACGCGUCUGAAAUCGUUGCAUUUAUCGGCCAUGUUCUACAUACAAUAGUUAAGGCUAUUGUUAAUAAAGAAGAAGAAAACGAGAAAAAACCGAGAGAGAGAGAGAGAGAGGAGAAAGGAGGGAAGGAGGAGAAAGAGAAAAAAGCAACGGGCUAUGAGUUUAUUGACAUUUUGUUUUUUAAGAGCAUAUGCCAAUCUUUUUUCCCGCGUGAAUUUGUAAUAUGAUUCAAACCCCCUCAGGCGAAAUAAGUCCACCUCGAGAGUUCGUCGCUCGCUCGGUCGCUGUGCGACCUCGUGCAUUGAAGCUCUCUUCGCUCACUUUUAAGAACUUAUGAGAGGUCGACUUGUAGCAAGUCUAUCCUAUGUCUGAAGCUGAGAGAAGCUUUAUCCGGUAUGAAUAGUUAUCUGUUAUAGUGUGAUUUUACCCUAAGUGUCAGAUAAUUGUUGAUAACUUGUAUUUCUUUGAAUUGAAAAGGGUGAAUCUUCCGAGGUUGAGAUGGAAAAAAGGAUUCCAUCACCGGUGGCUACCUCAGUGGAAGAGUGUAUAUGUAUAAAAAACACGCAUAUCCGGAUAACAGUGGGUGAUUUAAUACAAGAAUUCACAGACGCUGUCCUGAUUUUGAAUAACGAGAGAUUGUGUUUAAAGAAACGCGGUGUAUUGAAUGCUCAGAUCGCUCGCUUUGCGGGUGCUGGCCUCAAAGAAGAAUGCAAACGAAUCGUAGAGAGAAGUGGCCCUCGACUUCCGGGCGAGGCGCUCAUAACAGGAUCAGGAAACCUCCCGUUCAAGCACCUUGUUCACGUUAUCAACUAUCCAGGCUCGCCCAAAAUCCUCGACCUACAACUGGGCGUCAAGCGCGGCCUUCAGCUCGCCGACGCCCAUGGACUCAGUUCCAUUGCUUUGCCGGCUAUCGGCGCGGGGAGUAUAGGGUUGUCAUUACAAGACUCGGCACGGAUAGUGUCCGGGGGUAUCCUGAGCUUUUUGGAUCGCCCUCCCCUAUUUCUUCGUGAGAUCAAAGUCGUGCUCUAUUUGGAGAGAAUGUUAUGGACUUAUUACACAGAAAUAGAGACACAAUUUGUCCCUUUUAUAAAUUUGGAAGAGUAUUCCCCUCUGUCUUCGUUGGUUCAAGGCAAAGAACCCAUUCCAACGGUACUUCAAUGCUCAAAUUCGCCUCCUUCGCUCGAAAACUCACUUGGUAACAGAAACCGGAAGGCGCCAAUUUCCACGACAGAAUUUCGUAUUUAUGGCAAAGAGAAAAAGAACAUCAUGGCAACCAUUGAUAGCUUGCGAACGGUUUAUGCUAAGCACCGGGCGGUUCAAAGGAUCGGCCACAAGUUGGUGCCACAGGUUACCCGAUAUUGUUGGCCAUUGCUCAGUACUGUUGCCUCGCAAUAUGACGUAGACUUAAUAACUGAGGAUAGCAACAGUUCUGCUUUCACUGUAUGCGGCAACUCGGAGGACGUGUCUUUUGUUGCAGGCCGCAUUUGGGAGGAAAUAACGCGAUUCGCGGAGCAGCAAAAUGACAUUAAGAGGCGCAAGCUCUUGGCUCAUUACGUUCGCUGGCAUUAUAUAAUUCUAGACCAAGAGAUUGGUUUUAACGACGAACUCAGCGCUAUCAUCGAAGAUGCCAGGAAUCGAAAAUGUGAAGGAGUAAAUCUUCUUGUCAACGAUUGCGAGUACAGAGUAGAUUUUAAUUCUAUGACUGUGUUGUACAACCGCAGCAAUUAUCCACCGCUUCCUUUGUGUCGAAGAACAAGUGCGGAAGCCGGUAGGUCAGAUAGAUAGAUAGAUGGAUAGAUAGAAAACUUUAUUAAAUAAUGUGUCGGAGCAGUAUAGCUUGGGAAAAAAACCAGUCUAAAUAGGGGACACAAUUUAUAAUUGGAAUUACGUAUACAAAAUAGAUUACCAACUUUAAAUUUGCUGUUCGUCAUUCGCCACUUGACCAAUAGCUGACCAGCGCGUCCCCAGUAACGAUCCAAGAACAAAUUGCGGGACGCAUUUCGGCUCCAGUUCCCUUUUCGUUUCUUAAGUGGCGAAUAUGAUCACCACCAUCCGAGAAAGAAACGGGGCCAAGUUCACUUUCGCAAAGACCUUUGGGACUGUUACUAGAGACAGAGAAAAAAACUGGCCAAUAGCUGACCGCGCUCACCUUUUACAUUCACGCGCGAACUUUCAUACACUGCCUCUAUUUUAUUUACGCGCGCACGCUCGUAAAAAUUACGCGACAGUGGAAAUUCACCCUUAUAACGACGUUUUAAUAACUUUCGUUUUUACUUUCCCAGCGGAUUUCGUCCCUUACUUCUGGACACCUCAACCGUCUUUAACCGACGGAGCUCCAGCUCCCAUUGCCAUGGUAAAUAUCUUACCAGGGAAUCCAGAGUACCAAAACGUGGCCAGUAUGUUUUAUAGCACAGGAGGAAAUGGUAGCAUAGUAACCAUCGAGCGAGUGCAGAAUCCGGCCCUUUAUAAGCAGUACACGAUGCACAGACAAGAGGUGGAGAAUAAAAAUGUCAACCACAAUGAACGGCAAUUGUUUCAUGGUACGAAAGGAUGCAAUGUAAGGGCCAUCAACUCACAAGGAUUCAAUAGGAGCUUUUGCGGAAGGAAUGGUUAGUCGACUAUGUAGUUCUAGUUUUGUCCCUGUUUUGUUUCAAACCUUUCUCGCUUUAAAAUUCCACAAAACUUCCAAAUUUCAGUUUGUGAUGCUUACAAAAAAAUUACCAUGAGAAAGUGCUGUCAAAGAGGUUUCAUGGAAAUUUGCUUCAAUCAAUCAGAAACACUACCUAGAUCAAGGGUCUGUACUUGUUUCUCAGACGUCACUUUCGCGGUGAAACUGAAUGGUGGCGUCGCGAAAUGUCGGCUGCUCUAAGGCAUGGAUGGGCCUCAAUUUGCUCAUUUCAAAAGUGAGGGGAUAGUCUAUAUCUAAGAGCUUUAGAUGUAGACACACAAAACUUUGCCAGCUUCUCACAUUUUUAGUUUGUGCCAAUUUCAAGCUUUAAAGUUAUGCAAAUUAGGUCACGUGAACUCCAUCAGCUGAAAACUUCCCGUUUGUUCUUGAAACGGCAACACAUUUUCGUGUGUUCUCAAUUGUUUUACCCGUUUUCAUCAUGUUAAGGCCGUUUCAUAUAUCACUUCUGUGCUUGGCCUUUUUUAGAUAUUUAAAAUCGAAGGCGUUAAGAAGGGAUACAAUUGCCUUGGGGGACUGGGUCUAGUUGAAAAAACCGUUUAUUUUCUAAAAUAGUAACAAAUAAACAGCCUAGUCACAAUGCAAGGCGCGCGUUCUUGGCAAAGUCAAUUCUGAACUCGGGGCAAGAGAGAAAGCCUAGGGACUAGGCUGGGAAAUACAGUGAACUCUCCAACCUCGUCCCCAGGGCGUUUUCCCUGGAUUUGCAAAUAUCGAAAAUGACUAACAGGAAAAAUGACUCCAUUUUAAUUCCAAACCAAUUCUCUGUUGUUUCAGGAGCAGCUUAUGGAAACGGCGUGUACUUCGCUGCAAACGCCUCGUAUUCGAUGGAUUUCACAGCACCCGACAGGAACAAGCUGAGGUACAUGUAUUUGGCCCGUGUUGUUGUGGGGCUCUACGUGGAGGGCCGUAAGGGCCUUCUAGUACCUCCUUCGCUGCGCCCUGAGGUUCCUGAGGUCCUGUUUGAUUCAGUUGUGGACAGACAAAGUAAUCCAAGAACAUUCGUUGUAUUUAAGGAUUCUCAGUGUUAUCCCGAGUAUUUGAUUACGUUUACAUAA